AUGGAGGUUAGUGAUGGAUCACGACUACAAGACCACAAACUAAGCUCCAUAGAUCUCCACCCGGGCAACGUCGCCUUUGCCCAGCCUGGGCCUGCUCAUAUCAACAAUUUUCUGAUCGAGCCGCCCCCAGAACAUGAAAUUCGACGAAAAGAUGAAUUACCAACUCCCGCGCAUCUUCCUCAACGAGUUUGCGAACCUCAGGAUGUAGGUUUCGGGCCUGGCGUUGUAAAGAUACUUGAUUUUGGCCAUUCAUUUCGUCCAGUCAAUGGCGCAGUGUAUCCUGCAACUGUCUUCCCCUCUGGGACACCGCGUCCUCCUGAACUUCUUUCUGGCCAAAAGGCAGCAACCCUGCCUUUUAAGGCUGACAGUUGGUAUCUUGGUCAACUGAUUUAUUUCAUCCUGACACAUGGCUGGUGUCUAUUUCCCUCCUCAAUUGGUUCUGACUCUGAAGAUGCACUCGAGGAAUAUAAGGACUGCUUAACUAAGCUUCAUAACGGACAGGACAAUCUGAUGAACCAGCUUCCUCUCAGUGUUAAGGAACAUUUCACGCCGUACGUGUUGGCUCUCCUUGAGAUACAGCCGCAGAUGAGACUCUCAAUAUCGGAUCUGCGUUGGGAUAAACUGUUUAUGGAGACUGCUAUAACUCUUUAA